UCGAAAUUUUGAGCGGAAGGCGAAUCUCAAGAAAAUGCCUCCAUUUUGUUUAUUUUCUUGUACGAAAAGUGUAGUGUCGGCGCGGCGAUAAAACGCGAAAUAAUAUUCCCAUGUUGUCGUUGUAAAGCCUAAACUUUAUUACGAACUGUAAAAUACAAUCGGAUAUAUGUUUCUUGUGCGUUUCCCUCGCACAGAGGGUAUGAAAUUCAGCAGACAUUGGGCGCAUCGCGAGUAAGCACUUUGUCAAAUUGACUACGACUGUAUCCGGCACUAAAAAUAAUUCGUGUAAUAGUAAUAAUACGAGUUAUCGUGUUGUCGCAGCUGACAAACAGGCUACUUUAAACUCGAAAAAAGUUAAAAGUUCGGUCCCGUUUAGUUACGUCGGCAAAGACAAAACUUCGCCCUUAUCCGUACCACCCCCAAUAAUGAACCACGUGACAGGAAACUACCGCAGAAACGAAGAUCAACCCCAAAGUAAUCCAAAUUUAAACGUGAACGAAGUGGAAGAAAUGGAAACCCAGGAAGUGACUAUGGACUACAUCACAGACACCACGGUGGGUGCUGAAAUGGAUCAAACUCAAAAUGGUGAAGUUGUUAUUGGCCCACAGGUGGAUCCCAAUAUGACUGUACAGGAUACUGAUAUGGAGGAAGAUGAGGCCCGAAGUGAGGCAACUUUUACCUUCACAGUAACGAAUUUCAGCAAAAUGAAGGAAUCUGUUCUUUCAAAUCCAUGCUAUGUUCGAAAUUUACCAUGGAAGAUCAUGGUUAUGCCACGCAGCAACCACAAUCAGGAACGGAACCAGCGCUCUCUGGGUUUCUUCUUGCAGUGUAAUGGAGAGAGUGAAUCAAGCUCUUGGUCUUGCUAUGCAGUGGCCGAACUAAGAUUGCUUUCAGUUAGGCCCGACGUUGAACAUUUUUGUCGGAAAAUUCAGCAUUUGUUCUAUUCAAAGGAGAAUGAUUGGGGCUUCUCCCAUUUCAUGACCUGGAAUGACGUGCUGGAUCCAGAGAAAGGGUUUAUUAAAGAUGAUGCCAUAACUUUAGAGGUCCAUGUAGUUGCUGACGCCCCUCAUGGUGUUUCAUGGGACAGUAAGAAGCAUACAGGUUAUGUGGGCCUUAAAAAUCAGGGUGCCACUUGCUAUAUGAACUCACUGCUGCAGACCUUGUAUUUUACCAAUCAGUUGCGCAAAGCCGUAUAUAAAAUGCCAACAGAGUCGGACGAUUCAACAAAGUCCGUCGCUCUCGCUCUGCAAAGGGUAUUUCACGAAUUGCAGUUUUGCGACAAACCAGUGGGAACGAAAAAGUUAACGAAGAGUUUCGGCUGGGAAACUCUCGACUCGUUUAUGCAGCACGACGUGCAAGAAUUUUUAAGAGUGUUGUUAGAUAAAUUAGAAAGUAAGAUGAAAGGCACCUGCGUAGAGGGCAUGUUGCCGAAACUUUUUGAAGGAAAAAUGUUGUCUUAUAUUAGGUGUAAAAAUGUCGAUUACUCAAGCACUCGCUCCGAAACAUUUUAUGAUAUUCAAUUAAAUAUUAAAGGCAAAAAGAAUAUUUAUGAAUCGUUUAAAGAUUAUAUUGCCAAAGAGACCCUCGACGGCGACAACAAGUAUGACGCGGGCGAGCAUGGCCUCCAGGAAGCCGAAAAGGGCGUUAUAUUUUCUUCCUUCCCGCCGGUACUCCAUCUACAUUUAAUGAGGUUCCAGUAUGAUCCGGUUACAGAUUCGUCGGUGAAAUUUAACGACAGAUUCGAGUUUUACGACCGGAUACAGCUGGAUGAGUUCUUGCAAGAGAAGGAUCCGAAUGACCCCGCCAAUUAUACUUUGCACGCGGUACUGGUGCAUAGUGGCGAUAAUCACGGAGGACACUAUGUCGUGUUUAUUAACCCCAAAGGAGAUAGCAAGUGGUGCAAGUUUGAUGACGACGUGGUAUCGCGAUGUACCAAACAGGAAGCUAUCGAUCAUAAUUAUGGAGGACACGACGAGGACAUGAAUAUGACUGUAAAGCAUUGCACUAAUGCUUACAUGUUGGUAUACAUUCGCGACUCUGAAUUGCCCAACGUAUUGCAGGAGGUGACAGAUGCCGACAUUCCUAGUGAAUUGGCUGAACGACUCGCUGAAGAAAAACGCAUGGAGCAGGUUAGGCGAAAGGAAAGGAACGAGGCCCACCUGUACAUGACGGUUCAGGUGGUAUUGGAAGACCAGUUCGAUGGUCACCAAGGCAAUGAUCUGUACGAUCCAGAACAUGCGCAGUUCCGUAUAUUUAAGAUUCGUAAAAUGGCAGCAGUAUCUGAUAUGAUGGAAAUGCUGGCGGACGCCUUCAAAUAUCCCCCUGAGCAGAUCAGACCCUGGCCCUUCUCACAGAGGUUGUCAAACCAAACAAUAAGACCUGGUGUACUUGACCUUGAAGGUGACCUUCAUAAGAGCGUGAUCGAUGCGGCCGAAAAUAUGAACCCCUGGACCAUAUUUUUGGAACUGUUACCACCGGAUUCUGGGCACACAGCACUUCCCCCUUUCGAUAAGGAAACCGAUGUGAUGCUGUUUUUCAAAAUGUACGAUCCCAAGCAGAAGAAAAUCCAUUAUUUCGGUCAUUCUUACGUACCCCUUACAAGCAAAAUUAGCGACCUGGUACCAUUGCUUAACGAACGAGCCGGAUUCCCUCCUGAUACUGAGCUGUUGCUGUAUGAAGAAAUUAGGCCGAACAUGGUAGACAAAAUAACUAAUUUUAAUGAUCCUAUCGAAAAGGUAUUGGAAGAGCUGAUGGACGGCGAUAUCAUAAUUUUCGAAAAAGAUGAAGGGGAAGUGCAAUCGGACCUGCCGACUUGUAUGGAUUACUACAAAGACUUAUUUUACCGCGUCGAGGUCACGUUUGUCGAUAAAACGAUACCGAACGAUCAAGGCUUUACGAUGGAAUUAUCCCAACGAAUGACCUACGAUCAGUUCGCGCGGGCCGUCGCCCAGCGUGUCGGAACCGACCCGUACCUGUUGCAAUUUUUCAAAUGCCAAAGCUAUAAAGAUAGUCCGGGUAACGCGUUGCGGUGCACUUUCGAAGGCACUCUGAAAGACCUGCUGCUGUUCAGCAAGCCGAAACUGCCGAAAAAGAUAUUCUACCAGCAGCUCAGUAUCCGCGUCAACGAGUUGGAGAAUAAAAAGCAAUAUAAGUGUAUUUACCUUGGCGCCAACAUGAAAGAGGAAAAGGAAUUGGUUUUGUAUCCAAACAAGAACGGAACUGUGGCGGAUCUCCUCGAGGAGGCCAAAAAGCAAAUCGAGUUCAGCGAAGGCAGCACGGGCAAGUUAAGGUUAACCGAAGUAAACUGUCAUAAAUUAAGUAUGGGCCCGAAAGAGGACACGCCGCUCGAAUCGUUCGCGACGGUCGCAUCGAAAAUAUAUAGGAUCGAAGAGAUACCUCAGGACGAAUUGGUGAUCGGCGAGGAUGAGAUGUUGGUGCCGUGCGCGCAUUACCAAAAGGAUGUGUUUGCAACGUUUGGCAUUCCUUUUUUCAUUAAAAUUAAGGAAGGCGAACCGUUCAGUAAAGUGAAAGAGCGUAUUCAAAAGAAAAUGGCUGUGCCCGAUAAGGAAUGGGAGAAAUUUAAGUUUACAAUAGUUUCAUCCGUGAAUCGUCCCCAUCUUACACUCGAAAACGAUUACAUAGUUAGCUUAAGUAAUUUUAGGCCGGUCCCUAACCAAGGAGCAGGUAAUCCGAAACCUUGGCUGGGUUUAGAUCACGUGAAUAAAGCGCCGAAGCGGUCUAGGUUCAAUUACUUAGAAAAGGCCAUCAAAAUCUACAACUGAGAGACUGAGACGACACGACUAAGACGGUGUUGACACUCGUUGAGAAUAACAAAAAUCCCAUCAAGGCUUUAAGCAGUGUUGCCAAUUGAAAAUAAAUCAUAAUGGAUUUUAAAUUAAAUUUGUUACUAAUUUAUUAAUAAGGUGUGAGCAAAGUUGCUUUUCAGUCGAUGUUCGGCGGAUUCGGGAGUUCCUAAAUAAUUAUCGUUUUGGCGCCUUGUUUCGAGUAGUUCAAUUUUAAUGUAUUAACCCGAAUAUAACACAACCAUGCUUUUUUUUACCUUGUUAUUUAUUAUUGUAAAAUGACUACUCAGAUUGCUCAUCGAGCGUCGGAUCAUUUAGGACCUUCGACGCCGCUAAACAAUUUAUUAUUUUAACGAAAUCAAAUGUGGCAGACCUUACGCUGUAUAACACCACCUGUAAAUACUAUAAAAUAUGACAGAAAAAAAAAUGUCUCUAGGAAUAUAUUCACUGAAAUAUUCACUUGUUAAAUAUAUUAAUUUUUGAGUAGCUGUUUUCGUUAUUCCGCUUGUGAAUUAAGGGAUCGUCCAAGCGUUGGGCGUGAUUACUAAUACCGCGGUGACGUCAUUGACGAGCGGAGAUCCGGUUUGGAGUACGUUUAAUGUUAAAAGAAAGGAACCGAUUGGGUGAAUACUGUAAAAUAAGUUGUUGGCGUAUUGUGUUUGUGAUAGUUUUGCGUUGCGUAACCUCAAUUCCUCCCGCAAGAUUUUGAGUUUAAACUAUCCUCCCCCCCGACCCAAAUUCGAUUUAUAUAUUUUUUUGAUAUGGAAGAUUAUUUUUAUUGUAUUACUUCGAACUCGGUAGGUUAUCCACUCUUACGCGUGUUUGUUCGCUGUACUAAUCUAGGCGGGAACCAAGGUGACCCGUAUCUCUGUUUUUUUGUUGAAUUUUUGCGACACAUAAUUUAGUUUGCAGCUUUCCUUUUUGUUCUCUCAAUUGUACAAAAUUUUGUAUUGAGAUUUGUAUUGUAUUUAUUGCUAACUCUGUAUAUUUCCUAAAUGAAACGAUCCAGCUUAGUGAAAAUAUCGCAAUAAACCUGUAAAAACAAAACUUAUACGUUUAUUUUU